GCCUGCGUGACGGUCGCGUACACGAAGGAGUCGGGCCUGGAAGGGCCUCUGGCGCGGAUGGGAGAGGUGGAGCACAAGGAGGCUGAUGGCCUCAACUGGCUACUUUCCGUGUCCCAGGCCCAGUUCGAGUGCGUGGACGAACUGCCAGAGCUUCCUGAGGAUGCACUUGGCGCUGAGGACAAGGACCUGGGUGUUGUUGUGACGGUUUCCCGCGCGGCGGGCCACAAGUGCGAGCGGUGCUGGGUCUAUAGCGAGACGGUGGGUGACUGCGAGGAGCAUCCAACCCUCUGCCACCGCUGCGCCGAUGUCGUGCAGGAGUUGGGCGUCGGCUUUAGCGGAACCUUUGCUCACUUUGAGUCGAGUGGCAAUACCACCACUCCACCCCGGGACUGGGUGAAGGUGUACAGCGGUGAGUUCCUGAUGGUGUCUGGCAAUGACUGCCACAACAUGGCUCCCGAUGCGGCGUUCGAAGGACAUCACAGGACACAGAAGCCAGUGACGCUCUUUGUCGACUGUGCGAUGGGAGGUACCGUGCCGAAGAUUGUUGAAGAUGAGAAAACGAAGUGGGCUGCAGAUCACUGCUUGCAAAUCAACGUCGAGCGCCGAGAUCGUCAGCUCCAGAGCGUUGGCAAGUUUGGAGAACAACUCCACGUGUGCUGGUCUAUGUGCACGCAGGACGGCAUUAGGUACCAGCAUUUUUUUGUGACGGAUCUUGUGCACACCAUGGAGUUCCUCACUACUGGUCUUCAAGUUCACAGCAAUGCUCUUGGGGCACCUUACUAUGUAGAUGUAUCCUUCACGAAGACCCAUGAGGUCGAGCAUCGAAUGAAGCAGGUGUGUGGAUCAAUGGCCUACUCAGUAAGCCUGAGGAAUUGUGAGCACCUGGCCCGCUUCAUUCACAGUGGAUCGUGGGUGAGCUACCAGAUGCUCCAAGGGUCGUACUUGGGAUCCACAUUUGUUCAGUACAUGAUGGAUGAGCACUUGAAGAAGUCGAACUGCCUUCCAGUUGAGCUUCAGGCGGAAGUAGCACGCCGACCACUUUACUCAAGUCGUGACUAUGCAGGCUUGUUGAGGUAUGAAUCGUCACCAAGAGGACUCAGCCGCGCAGACCAUGAUGCUUUCAAUGUGCUUGUGGUUGGACCUUCGGGCUGUGGCAAGUCCAGACUAAUCAAUCUUCUCUUCAACUGCGAUGUCACGGAGUCCAAAGGUGCUGCACAUUCAGUAACCAGGGAGAUGACAGUGCUUUCUGGGCAAGGCAAGAUCCGAGACAGCUUUCGCAAGGUCAACAUCAUUGACACCAUCGGCCUUUGUGACUCACACAUCUCCGCAAGCAUGGUCUUGGAGCUGAUCAAAUCAAGCCUGCGUGUGAACUUUGCCUACAUUGAUCAGGUGGUGGUGAUCUGUUCGGGUCGCAUCGAGGCUAUUCACACAGAAAACAUCAAGCAGAUCCUGGAAUGGUUGAGAUACAAAGACUACAAGUAUUCCUUUACUUUCGUGUACAACAAGGCUGAUCUCCUUACGACAGCUGAGCGUGAGAUGGGUGUCAUCAACAUGUGCCAAUCCCUGCAAGUCCAGCGAAUCGUGGCUCGUUGGGCUCCAGGUUGCAUUGUGGCUGGCGAUGUGAUCCGAAGAAGCAUUGAACCACGCCCUGGACUCCUGACGCGUGCCAAGUGUGUUGCAACGGGCUUCCCGGCAGGUCAAGAGCCCGAGCAGGUAAUUGAGGAAAUGUGUAAAGUCGUUGACAGUGCUUUUUCAAUCGUGGACAUACAACAGCGCAUUCCAGUUCAAGAGUCCUGGUGCGCAAUUCUCUGA